AUGCCUCUCGACGAUACUGGAAUGCACCGUCUCGGCCUUGGCUUUAUUUACCGCAUGACUCCCGUCAUUGUGGUGUCCAUUCUAUACGGAAUGUACAUUGCGACACUUUGCGUUGCCACUCGUGGCCUAUGGCAAAGAGGACUGUCAAAUAGAACGAACGCCAUGGUCUUCCUAGUCCUAUAUCUCGUAUUCCUCGUGAGCACCGCCUUAUGGGCACUCGAGCUCGCUCAACUCGUCGGAUUGGACGAAAUCCUUUUAUCGCCGGACGGGCUGGAGACUGAAGGGCUAUUCAACCGGUUUUAUGCGCUUGUCGCGCGAGAGACGAAGAUUACUGGUGUGCUCUUUGAAUGUCAGAUGAUUCUAGGCGAUAUCCUUGUAAUUUGGCGCUCGAGUGCGAUCUGGUUCGACCGUCGCGUCGUGGUGCUCAUCCCCAUAUUCUGGUGGGCCCUGAUGAUUGUGAACAUGAUCGUCCACGCCUCGUUCUGCCAAUCAGGGUUCUCAGCUACAAAUUAUAGUCAAUUAUGCAAAGGCACGGAUAUCGCAGCGCCUGUCCUGUCCAUCCUCGUGAACGUAUCCGUGAUGGUGCUCACCCUCUGGAAAGCCUGGUUGCUGCGAGAGAUGCUCAGAGACUCAUUCCGCCGGAAAAGAACUACCAAGCUUUUCCCUCUUUUCGUUCUUCUCAUCGAGUCGGGUACACUCUACGUCGUCAUGCUGAUCGCAGACCUCCUUGUAACAUCGCUUGUCACCGGGAGCACCGAAAGUGCAGGCCACAUGAUCGAUUGUCUUUCUGGUUACGCCACAGUCCAGUUCGUCGGAAUAUACCCAACACUAAUGCUCGUCGUCCUCCGCGAAUCCAUCUGGAACGACGACAGCGAAAGUCACUCCCGCGGAAGCAGCAUCGGCAUUGGUAUCGGCAACACCGGAGAACAGAACAAUAAACGUGAUAAAGCACGUAGUAAUAAAAGCGCCGAGGCCCAAGUUCUCUCUGUAGGGAGCAGAAUGCAUUUCGCGAUGCGGACUGAGACUCAGACGGACACGAAGCUGGAAAGUGCGACGUUGAGAUCGAUUGGAGAUGUUAACGUUGGCAUGGGCGCUGUGCAACGGAGUGUCGCGGUGCAGUUCGUAGCUGAGGGGUCUAAUGGCGGUAGUGCGGAGAAGGAAAACUACAGAGGUGGAUUGGCAGUAUGA